GUUAUUGUUUUGUUUGUGGACUUGGAGUGUGUUGUGGUCAGUGGUUGUGCGAUAGCUUUCGCCGUCCGAUGUGUUUCUCAUGAACGCGAAUUACUCAGCACGGCAGCGAACUGUGGUGCCAUGAAAUGCACAUGACCAGUGCACUGUGUACGAACGAUGCAGCGUGAGGCAGAGUCCACAGCGAGUGACCUGCUGAUUAACGCAACUCCCGCAAAUUAGCUCGAACUUAACGGUGGAUGUUCACAGCGUCUAUCAUGAGCAAGCAGCUGUGAGUGGAAGGGUUGUCAAAUACAGAGAUGGAUACCAGCUUAUUAGGCUUUGAUUCCUUGGACUCAUUUGCCAGCCACCACACCAGCAAUGGCUUCAGAGCAGCAGAGGCCACUCAAACUUGCUCAAAAAAGUACAGUGAAGAGUGGUUUUCGCUAUUUGAACGAGGAGACAUCUCUGGACGGCUGAAGGAAAAAGCACUACGGCUGGAGCUUGCAGACUGCAGGUUCAGAAGCAUAUGUUGGAAGAUAUUCUUAGAGUGCCUGCCAGACUCCAGAAGUGACUGGAUCAUUGCAACCAGAGCAAUGAGGCACAAGUAUGAAGCACUUUUGGCUAAGACAUGUCGCAAUCCAAGAAUGGAGGUGGAAGAAGAGCUUGACCUGGCUCACAACAAUCCCCUGUCACAAGAUGAGAAAAGCCCAUGGAACCAGUACUUUGAGGACAGCGAGUUACGAAUCAUGAUCAAGCAGGAUGUGAUAAGAACAUUCCCAGAAAUAGAAUUUUUCCAGACGUUGGAUGUGCAGGCGAUGAUGGUGAAUGUCCUCUUCCACUAUGCGAGGCAGCACCCACAGAUUUCAUACCGGCAGGGUAUGCACGAGCUGCUGGCUCCAAUCAUUUUUGUACUGCACAAUGAUCAACAGGCCUUUCUGCAUGCCUUGGAGUUGGACUAUAUCAGGGAGUUCCCAGAUAUGCUGAGAGAUGACAUCAGAGAGCUUCUCAAUCCUGACUACACUGAGCAUGAUGCCUUCUUUCUGUUUAAUCAAGUGAUGGAUGCUGUUGAAUCUUGGUACACGUGGAACGAGAAUUACAUAAAGGUCGACCAGUUCAGCUUCAUGCCAUUUGCCAAGACCAGCACUCUAGGUUUACACAACGGCUUAGGUGUGAAGCUCUGUAGGAUCAACCAGUCGAUGCUCAAAGCACACGACUUUGCCAUCUACACACAUCUGGAAAACAUGGAGAUCCCACUCCAUGUGUUUGGAAUACGUUGGCUUCGCCUGCUUUUUGGACGUGAAUUCAUUCUGCCGGAACUGCUUAUACUGUGGGAUGCGAUCUUUGCCGACAGCUUGGCCUUCAACCUGGUUGAUUACAUAUUUGUGGCUAUGCUCAUUUGCAUUAGGAAACCAUUGCUGAACUCUGAUUAUGCAAAGUGCCUGAGCUACUUGAUGAAGUAUCCGGCAGGCCGAAAUGUCACCUACAUUCUUCAACUGGCUCUGCACUUAAAGGACCCUAAGAAAUACCUGAGGCCAGCUGAACAAGAUGUUGAUGUCUACUGUCCUGGCUUGGUCACAAAGAUGUCUGGGAAAAGUGCGCUCUCAACUGAAGCUCCAAGGUGUUUUGGCAGGCCUGUGGGUCGGCCCAAUUCCUUGGGAAUUCAGGUACCCAGCACAAGCAGUGAACCAACUACCUUGGAGUCCGGUUCUGAAGUGUCCGAUGAGGAAAGUGUGGCUUCGAGACAGCAGCGGUGCCAGCCCAAGCCCAGUGGCAGCCAGGUGUGGUCGUUCCGGGGCAUCAAGAAGAACGCCAGCCCCAGCAGUGGCAGCCAGGGCGACAAGGAGAUGGUCCAGCUCAACUCCUCGGCCGUCGUGCGUCACUGCGGCAGCACGGAAGGAAGCGAGCCGCCUCAGAGGCACAACUCGGCAACUCAGCUGACACUGGGUGAGUGCGCCCACCAGGUGGCUGCCUGUCCAGCCGAGGAAGUCCAGCUACUGCGCAAGCAGCUCUGCAGCAUGCAGCAGCUGAUGGACUGGUGCUGUCGCCAGAUGACCACUCAUCUGACAUUGCUUCAGGAGUCGGUGCUCUCACAGAAACUUCAGAGGGAAGACGAAGUCACGCUGGCCAUUGCUCGUCUCAAAAGGGUGCGGGACACCCUCAAAGGCACCGUCGAGUGCAACGAUGUUGGACAGGAGGAGACUCAGGCUGAGGGUUGGACGUUGCUGUCGAACGAGCCGAGCAGCCUCGUGGAGAUCUCUUGGGGGGACAGCCAGGAGAAGGCAAGGGAGGCCAAGAAGAAGCUCUUCAAGGCCCUGGUGCACAACCACAAAGACGGGAUGGCACCACUGAGCUGAUUUCAUCUGAUCGUUUGCUUUUGCCUCGAUAGGAGGCACUCCUGUCUUGCUCAGAGCUGUACUGCAAGUGGCUUCGAACUUGCGGCUGGGCUGGUUGGUAAUGCUUCUCUGCAAAACACUCGGAGCUCAAUUUGGCACACUCGCACGGCGAUAUUGAACAUUAUUUGUUGAAAAGACUGAAAGUGUGUGUUUGAAGCACUCUAGUGUUUAGGCUUGCCACAUGACAGAGUGAACGACAUGGUGUUACCGCAUGGACAUUUGGAAAGGAGGUGUUGCAUCUACUCUUUUCAAGUGCUACAGACCUCGCACGCAGUUGUUGACAAGUGACACUCAUGUGGUGAUGUGGGGUGUGGCACGGCGCCAUUACACACAAGAUAGCUUUUGCGCACAUGUGCCGGCUGCAAAAGUAACUAUUUAUUUAGAGAAUGCUUCAAAACAGACAGCACUUGUAAGUCCAGUGGCCGUCCAUGUGGUUUCUCUUCUUGUGCAUUCCACUGGUAUGUUUAUAUUUUGAAUGACCCACUGGCAUGUGAAUUGUUGCGUUGCGCUGCGCAUGCCUUCUUGUUCAUCUGCCCACACUUUGCUCUUUAAAAAAUGAUGUUUUCACCAUUAUACAAACACUUGCGUAUCUCGCAAGGCUAGAUACGCCUGCAACCCGCAUCAUCCUCGUCCUCCUCCAAUACGCAAAAACAUGUACGCGUGUGAGCCAUGGUUUUCUGAGACUCAAGUCCUUGGUAGAAGGGCAAGGAAAACAGCAUGCGAGGUACUAGAAGCAUUAUUUUAUCGAAAAUAAUAAGUGCUGGUGUGUAAAUGAACUCCCAAUAUCUCUGUUCCCCGCAGAACUAUCUUUCCUGAACUCUAGGCUGUGACAGAACACAGCUGUCACGUUGAUGGUGGAAGCAUCAUGAUGCUGAUCCUGCAUGUGUAAAUUACAAAUGCAGGCAUUCAUACAACGAAUUAACAGUUGUCAGAGAGUGCCUGCGAGUGUCUUGAAUGUUUGUAUGUGUGUGCGUGUGCAUGUGUGAAAGUGUGCCUAAUUGCACUCUGAUUAUUUCGUUGAGAUUGGAAAGAUUUGUGGACAUCUUCAUAAACGGAUGCAAGCUUCUUUAGGCAGCCGUUUGGUUCGUGUCUUCGGUUAUCAUGCUGAUAGCUUGCGAAAGCAGCAACAUGAAAUAAAAACACUGUAAUAGCUGGAAAGAGCUGGCACCAGGUCUGCCUUUUGUAUGUUUUAUUUCUCUUUGCAGACUUCUAUUGCAAAGAGCAAAUGGCUUAUGUUGUUGUCAUCAUGCCAGGCCUGCUGAACUGGCAUACGUUUAAAACACGCCUUUAUCGAGCAUGCCUGCAGUGCUUGGUUCGCUUCAAACUUGUGCACUUAGUUUGUGAUGCUUGAAAAUGCAGUGUGGGCAUUCUCAUACCGCUUAUGUGUGGAGCAAGGGCGUCCGCAGAACUUUCUGCAGGGGGGAGGGGGGGUGCUGUUGUCCAGCCACCCCACUUGCCCUCCUAUGGGCGUCCAGAGGGGGGCAUACAAGGCAGGCAUAGCUUGCCCAACCUGACUGUGGAUAAGCAGACAAAUGAUGCACAGAAAAGCUGUCCUAAUUUACUGUAGUAAUUAUAUCAUGGAUAAUUAGCUGCCUGGCAAUAUGGUAGCAAGCAUAUUAUCCUUGGCAAAGGCAGAAGGUUGCUUGGGGCACAAGCUAACCUGCUCUUGGUGAGCACACUGCUACCUCUGUCACACAAGCAUGCAAAAGCUUUUUUAUGUAAACAGUCUUACUAAAUCAAGACUUUUUAAUGAAAGGUGCUGCACAGCAGACACACGACACCAACAAUCUCUUUGUAGUGUUUCCUGCCGAUGCACUACCGAAAUCUUGAUGCUACCAUUCAAAAGAGAAUGGGUCAAAAUAAAGUGAUUUGUCACGAAAUAUUAUCUAAAAGCUUAUCUUAUGAUGCUUUUUUCCAGUAAAUUUUACAGCACCAGAUUCUCAAAACCUUGCAGUACCGUGCAUGCUCUUUCUAUCCUCUGCGCAUAGCCUCCUAUAUACUAUAAGGGAGGCUAUGCUGUGUGCAAAGCGUCAUUUAUAUGAUAACCUCGACCCAUCCAACAUGCUUGCAAGCUUAAGAGAACGGCAAUUUGGGCAAGUUGGUUUGCAUUCAUUAUAAGCACAGAGCAGCAACACGGGACAGAAUGUCCCGUUGUUUCUUUUAUUCUGUCCUCGUGUUUUUAUAAUGUCCUCGCUGUUUUUAUAAUGAAUGCUUGCAAGCGUAUAGGAGAAAACAAGCAGUACACCUUCUGCGAGACAUGAAAUUUGUUUCUGCUAUGAGCCAAGGCAACAGAACAGUAGGCAUUUGCCCAAUUUCUUUUUUUGCCAAUUGAUAACUGCUGGCACCCGUUCGUUUCAAGGCUACUGUUUUUCAGAUGUAAAAGAUAGAUGAACUCUGUUUCCAGGAAAGACCGCUUCUGAAAAGAUCAUUCCCUGUCUUGUGUCUGCGGGGGAAAGUUUUUUCGGAAGAAGUUUUUGCACAAAUGACUUUCUAGUGCCCGUGUGACAGGAGUAGUAUCAGAAAAGAACACGCUGAAAAAAGAGGGAAAGGGGGGGA